CAGGAUGGCCAGUCUCAUCAAGUGUCGCGUAGAAUUUCGUCUCGUCUGGAAGAACGCGUCCAAUUUUCGGUUCUGCUUAACCCAUCACGUCGUUUCGUUGACACAGUGAUUGAGUUCCACACGCUAUGGGUUCGGUGAAGCUUAGCCUUCUUUCCCACGGGUACAUCCCAGGUGAUGGCUAUGAACGACAACAAAUUUCAGGGAUUUCCGCGAACAUUUCUACAUAUAACGAUGUUUUUACGUUGCGCUGAUUUUGGUACACACAACAGAACGUGACAUAGUUGUAGUAUGUAUCAACAAUUUUCUACAUUUGCCGUGUCAUGAUGAUUAUUAUAAAACAAAACUGCAAUUGGUCAAGUUGUGUCGAUAGCACUAAUCUGCUUCGCUUGCGAAACUAUGCUUAUACUAUUCAUCCUCGCGAUUGGAGGAUGAAAUGUUGGGUUUUUCCAAGGUUCUCGGUACACAUAUUGGAGGAAAAAAACACAAGUCCUCGGCUAUCAGCGCAUGUAAAUCACAGGAAAUCUUUAGGCUCGCCUUGGGUGUGAUAUACCCAUACUUACGGGUUAAAGACGGAAGUGGACCCCUAUCUGACUCACUACUUCCAACUUUCCCGCCGAAACGAUCGUACUCUCAUCUCGAAAACCCUUUCGGAAAAGACUGAGAGCAGAGCGCCGAACACCUGUUGAACGCUCUGCUCUCAUCGCUUGGCGAACAAACCAUCUGCUGAUUGCGAGUCUCCAAUCUCGCUCUCCGCGAAUCUGUGGCCACGUGUGGGAAAAGGGGAUCACCCCACCCAACGCGUUGCCCAGGGUCCUGUUUGUUUUUGUUUCCUUCUGCUUUGCUUCACUGCCCGACGAACGACGCAAUUGACCGCGGCGCUUUGGUCGGUGUUGAAGUUUGCGUACAAAAGGCGCCACUUGCUGACGAUGACCGACGAUGAUCGUUGGGUUCAGCAGCGGACGGUACGGACCAAAACGUUCAGUUACAGUCGAGUCGUCGUCAUGAUCGUAACGCUGAUAGCGCUAUGCUGUCUGGCGAUCGCAGCCGAGCCGAGGAAGUUGCAGGAAGUGAAGCACCAAGGUUGUGAGAUACCGGGAGAAUCGAAACGGGGGACGUGUAUUAAGGCGGAUGAUUGUCCGGCAUACGGGAAAAUUGCAAACGAUGCUACAUUGAAUUUCGUCGAUCGGAACCAGUUUAUUGAGAGUGUUCAAUGUGGAAAGCGCGGUGGAUCGAUGGUUUGUUGUCCCGAGGAGGGCUCGUAUCAAACCGUCAUACAAGAGGAGCAGGAGGAGAAGGGACAGUGCGGAGAGCCGGCAGCAAUGUUCCGCAUUCGGGGUGGCUCGAUCGCCGAACUCGAUGAGUUUCCUUGGACGGCAAUGCUGUUGGGACAAGAUCAUAUGUCGGAAACGCUUCAAUACUACUGCGGUGGGGCUUUGAUAAGCAGAAAUUUCGUGCUGACAGCCGCCCAUUGCGUUGCGGUCCAAACCGACGGUACACAACAAAGCCCACUAAAAUUCGUGCGCCUAAGGGAGUACAACAUCUUCACGGAUCCGGACUGCGUCAUAGACACUGGCUUCCUGGAUUGUGCCGAGGGAAAGAUAGACCGCAGACCUCGCAAGAUCAUUGUGCAUCCGGAAUUCAAACACGACUCGGCAGCUCGACUCCACGAUAUAGCGCUGGUGCAGAUCGAUUCGGUCGCUCCGUAUUCCGACUUUCAUCGACCGAUUUGUCUUCCGGAUAUUACGCUUGACAGUGGAACGCGGGUGGGCAACCGGUUCAGCAUCGCCGGAUGGGGCAGGACCGAUUUCUUUGACAAGUCUGUGAAUCUGUCCAACAGUCCAGUGAAGAUGAAGCUGGUCUUGCCAUUUGUGGGUGCGGAUCUGUGCAGGGACAUCUACCGAAAUUUGGACGUCGAACUUCGUCGAUCUCAAAUCUGCGCCGGUGGCAGAAAAGCUAAAGAUACUUGCGCGGGGGACAGUGGCUCCCCACUGAUGCAUUAUGAUCGGAAACAGGGAGUCUGGGUGGUAACGGGAAUUGCCAGUUUCGGUAUCCGAAACUGUGGCCGCGAGGGAAUUCCAGGUGUGUACACGAAUGUGAAAGAGUAUUUAGCGUGGAUUAGGGGAACUAUACGGCCAUCAUUGCGAAGCUAGACUUUUUUUUCAACAUCAUGCUGAUAGUGAUAGUAGUUACACAAUACACGAAACCAGCGUUUGAAAAUGGCAUUUGAACCGAAUAAUACACAUAAUCAUAAAUAAACAAUCAAUUAGCAAAGAGACGAACGUUGCAGAGGUUGGAAUUCAAUGCAAGUAUCACGAAUAUUUGCAAUUAAAUUCAAUUAAUAAAUUCAUAAGUAAAUCCACAACGGAAAGUGAAUCACAGUUUGGGGAAUAAAUCUCAAAUGCAAACAAGAAAUUACCCAAGUUGUUUGUAUUAAAAUAGUUAGAUAACUGGAAAAAUAAUUUCCAACAACAAAAGCAGCUGUGACCAAAUGUCUGUAUGUAUGUAAUAAUGCAGUAUAAUAAUUAUUUUUUAAAUAUCGUAAAAUAUUUUUACGACUCGCAUAUUUAUAUCAUUAUACGAUAUGCCAGUUUUUGGCAAUAAGUCAAUCGAAGCUACAUUGGUAUGAAUAGAGAAAGGUCAAUAUAAUAAAUUGAAAAUCAAUUCUGUCAGAACAGAAAUCCAAUCAAUGGAUCAUGUCUUAUUUGUCUUGGUGCACUCAUUAGCAGGAAUAUAUUUUCAAGAACUCAUGAUAACGUAAUUGUAUUUUAUUUUGUCAGCGUUUUCGAAGCGUUUACAUAGAGUAGUGAAGUGGUGAGCAUUAUACUUAUUGAUCUAAACAGUUUGUUUUCAAUAUACUUCGCUAAGUUCAACAUAGCUGCCUGUGUUUGCCUGUACCGCAGUUCUGAUUCUGUAUCUGUUUCUUGUGGGUCCAAAUUGUCUGUCGGUACGCUGGACAGUAAUCAGAGAAUUUCUCAACACUAGUAAAAAAAAUUGUAAGGGGUUGUAUCUAGGACACGACCGCAUAUUUUCGACGUAGAACUACGCAAUUAUAUUAUGCAAUCCACUUGUUUACCACUUCGAAUAUUAUUUUAGAAUGCAUAGCAAUUUUUGCAAUAGAUUAUGUUCUUCGUUACAUAUAAAUUUGAUAAGAAUGAUGAUUUUACGUUUGAUAUGAUGCCUAGGACUACCAAAAUAUGUGAACGAAAGAAUUGUCAAACGAUCAUUGUAUUUUACAUUUCCCUCUGAAAAUAUUGCACAUCUCAUGUUUGCGUAGUUCUCGAACAGCGAAAGUUCAUCCACCUCUAGUAUCUGAAAUGACUAUUUUCCCAGGUUUCUCAGUUUAAAAGUUAGGGAAACAUAUUCCGGUCUGCACAACGACAAGCGAGUACAAAAGUACUCAACACUAAAAAAUACCCCCGACUUGCAUGUAUUUGCAAAGCGGAUUUCCCCAGACACAUUCAUUUUGAAGUCCGUGUUAGGGAAACACAGCUCAGUGGGAAUAAAAAUACCCCCGACUUGCAUGUAUAUUUGCAGAGCGGAUUACCACAGGUACAUCGAUUUUGAAGUCUGUGUAAAUCGGUUCAAUCAAUAUUUGGCAGUUGCGUAUUGAUUGCGUUUAUAUAACGCUUGACAUUUUACAGUUAUUCAAUUUUUCAUCUCGUGAAAAAUAAUAUUUUAUUAAUCGUGAUAGACGCGUAGAAAUAUUUCCUAUCAACUGAUGCAAACAUCUUUCCGAUCUGUUAAGAAAUGUUCGAG